GCGAUUGGGACCAUCGCCAUCGGCACCCAGCAGCAGCAGCAGCGAUGGGCGCCACAAGGAGGAGGAGGACGAGCAUGGGCGGGGCCAGAAUUGGAGGGACUGAAAGGGGGCGGCGAGCAGCAGUGAGAGAAAGGUGCAGCGCGAGGCCAGUCUAAAGAGUGCUGCCACCGGGAGCGUUAACCUCAGAGACGAGUCUGCUGGGCCUCUGCUGCUUUGUUUUCUUGCAGGAGACUCCAUGCGGGAGGUUCUCUCUGCCUGAGAAGAGAGCUCGCGAGGGGCUGGCAUUACUGUCAGUCAGACAAACCAGACCGACCGCCCGACCGACCGACGCACAAGACGAGACAAGACAGCCAGACAGUCGGACACAGCGCGCGAGAGAUAGAGAGAGAGCGUGUGAGAGAGCGAGAACGAGGGAAGCAGGCGAAGAUUUCAUUUUCAGUUGAUUUCUACACCCAUUCAUUCCUCCGAUCAGUCAGUGGGUUUUCUGUCGAUUUCUCGAAGUGUCGAGAGAGGCAUCACUGUUGGCAUUGCUGCUGUUUGGAGUAGCGGUUUUGGAGAGGAGCCCCGGAGGCAAUUGUCAGGGAGGUUCGGACGAGGGGAGGGCGACAGAAAGACAUCUAGGAGAGACAGAGGCAGGGCCAGUCCGAUAAAAGAAAACUAGUGUGGUCGUUUCUUCGUUCGGGUGUUCGUGCGCCAAGAAAGUUUUUUGUGUCCGUUGUCUCUAUUCUUCGAAUGAGUUGGUAGUCUUAGUUCCUGCAUCGGUAGAGCUUGGCCUGUGACUGAACAUUGCGCCUCGCCUCCCCUUCCCAUUCGUCUGGACGCAUCUUUCACAGCUACUCUAGUACCACUAUCUCUCGCCUCGACAAGGCAUUGCUUGGAAGUAUCUUGGCAUCGCGUCAUCACCGGGGGGCGUGCGAGAUAAGGAGCCGGGAGGAGGAGUUCGGUCAGCGAGUGAGUUGCUGGAGAUUUUGGGCUCGAUCAUCGAUCUUCUUUAGCUAUUCUUUGUCGAGUGGAUCGGCUGUAGACCGCCAAAUUGGCUUCACAGACAGUGUUUACGGAUGCUACAUUGGACGUCUUGAGAGGCCGAGAGGCUCUGCUUUACUGCAGAGGCCCACAUUGUCGUCGAUGCGGCCGAGGAGCGUCGUCGGAGAGAAAGUUGGUCGGAGUUGGGCCACCCCUCGGUGCCGCUUCUGGCUGCGCGGGGUGCCGUCUGAUCAGUAGAUUCUUCAUAAAUUGCAGUGUCACCUGCAGGUAGCAAGAAAGCUUCAACAAAUUGGGUUGGUUGCUAAAGAUGAAAUCGGGAUCAUCAUGGAGUGUGAACUCGAUCCUCAGCGGUCCGAGAGUACGUCGCAUACAGAAGACUUUCCACAAUUUUCAAGUGACUAUCAUAUGUGGAUUCGUCACCAUACUAGUAUUGAGGGGUACACUGGGUGCUGGGAAAUUCGGCACCCCGGCCCAAGAUCUGAAUGAAUUGAGAAACCGACUCCCAGGGGGCCACAGAGAUCGCGCUUCGAGGACGAUGAUGGAGUAUCAAUCCGAUGAGGUCUAUGAAAGGAGUCACAGGGCGCUUCUCGACAAAGAUUUCGAUCCCGUCAGAUACUUUGAUCCCAAGACAGUGCAUCACACGCUCGGCGAGCAGAUAACUGAUUGGGACCAGAAACGAGCUGCUUACAUGGCAGAAAACAGUGGAGCCAAUCGGACCAACACAGGCAAGCCGCGCAUCCUUCUAGUGUCGGGUUCUCAGCCUAAACCUUGCGACAACCCGAUGGGGGACUACUUGAUCCUGAAGAAUCUCAAGAACAAAGUCGACUACUGCCGCCUUCACGAUAUCGAGAUAUUCUACAACAUGGCUCAUCUCGAUAUGGAAAUGUCGGGUUUCUGGGCCAAGCUUCCGCUUCUGCGCAAGCUCAUGCUCAAUCACCCGGAGAUCGAGUGGAUUUGGUGGAUGGACAGUGACGCGUUCUUCACCGACAUGCAGUUCGAGCUUCCCAUGGACAAAUACGAGAACCACAACAUGGUUUUGCACGGCUGGUAUGACUUGCUGUACCAGCAGCGGAGCUGGAUUGGUCUCAACACGGGAAGCUUCCUCAUUCGGAACUGUCAAUGGUCUCUGGACAUCUUGGACGCCUGGGCUCCUUAUGGCCCCAAAGGCAAGCCCAGGACGGAAGGUGGCAAGCUGUUGACGAAAUAUUUGGACGGGAGACCUGAAUUCGAAGCUGACGACCAGUCCGCACUCAUCUACCUGCUCCUGUCGCAGAAGGAGAAGUGGGCCGAGAAGACUUAUCUGGAGAGUUCCUACUUCCUGCACGGGUACUGGGUCAUCCUGGUGGAGAGUUAUGAGAAAUUGAUGGAAAAGUAUCAUCCCGGAUUCGGAGACGACCGGUGGCCAUUCGUUACACACUUCGUCGGAUGUAAGCCGUGCCACGGCAGUUCGGGAGACUACUCUGCCGAGAGAUGCACGAAGCAGAUGGAGCGAGCGUUCAACUUCGCAGACAAUCAGAUUUUACAGAUGUACGGGUACCAGCAUCCGAAUCUGGAAACUUAUGCGGUGAAAAAGAUAGUGGAACCAGCGUCGAACGUGAAGAAUCCCAGUGGGUUGACGAAUCCGGUCGAUCAACCCCGACUUCUGCGGGGUCGUAACAAUCUGAUUACGUUAUAGAUUUAUUCAAUCCAUUAUGAGGAAGGCUCCAUCGGACGACAGUACUCAAUAAUAAGAUUAUUGAGCACUAACCGAAGCGAAAGCGAAUCAUCGGCUACUUAUCUUUCGGCUGUGCCGUGUAUAGUAACAUCACAACUCUAGGUCUUGGGUAAUUAAUUCUUUGAAAACGUUUUUUGACACGUUUUUCGCCGAAGCUGGGUCUGUUGGCACAGAACUCUUUAUAGAAGUCGUAAACUCCCCACUGCCAUCCGUCGCAUGCUCUCCUGGGAAGUGUCGUGUAGUUAUGUAUUGAGAGGUCAGCCUGUUGUCUUCCACGAACCCUCCCCUCGUUGACAUGCGCUCAUGCUGUCGGCCACGAGGGUCGGACUAGUGUCCUCAGACUGAUCGGACGUGGAUGCAUGGGAUCUGGACUUGCCUCGCUAUGGUGCUUCUACAUUCAGGCUCACCGUGUACAGUAGGCUGGGUAGGCAGAGAAGGGGAGGAGUCGGUUCUCGAUUAUGGCAUGGCAGGAUGUGAGUAUGCACAGGAACAUCAAGUAUUAAGAGAGAAGGGCGAAAGGUUAGAAUCCUUUGCAGAAAGAAUACAAAACUGUUAUGAAAUCAGAAACGUUACAUUUACGUAUAAUUAUUCCUAUCCGGUCAGCCCUUCAGUUCCUGUAAGCUGAUUUUGAAGUGAGGCAAGUUUUGUUUGCUUCCUCGGAUCACUCUCGCAGUUGAAUUGAACUCAUGGCGGAUGUAUUUGAUGAUCCCAC